AUGAGCCAGCCCACAUUCAGUCCCUCGCCGUCCUCUUCCUCCUUAACUGAAAGAUCUGCCGCCGCCGCCGAGUUGACGCCGUUGAUUCGGGAGAUCAAAGCUGUUUGCGACAAUUGCGACCAACCUACGUUCGAUUCUCAACGAUUUCACACAGCGGCGGAAUCCUUGCUACGUCUCCGCCAUUUUUUUAUCGACAAUGAGCAUCCAAGGGAAGCCAAAGAGGCGUUUCGUCAUCUUGACGGCUUUGAGACGCUGUUGCAGCUCGCCAGGAAGCUGUCAGAGUUGUAUGAACCAGCAGAUCAGUUGGACGAACAGAGAAGGGCUCUAUUAGUGCUCUACAAAAAUGUCUUGGCCGUCCUCGCUGAGAGUUUGAAGGGAAAUUUCGGGAACAAGCGGUACUUUGCAAAACGGGUGCCGGGUGGAGGGCCAGCACUUCUGCAGGAGGCUCUAUCAAUGAUGACCUCAAAGCUGGACAAUAUUCCGGGUGACACGGAACAAUUCUAUGGCGGGAUAUUGGCUGCGGCUCUCUGCCAGGAAGUUGUUGCUGAUAUAUUCGCAACAAUCAACUCGAAAUUGCAAUCAAUUAUUGAAUUGUCCUUAGAAGAUGUCAGAGCGGAAGUCAAUCGGCAUAUGGGAAAUGAGGAGACGAUUGAAGUGCCAGAGCUCCUGGGGCCCUUGAUUAAUGCAUGGUUAACGCAAAGUGCAUCUUCCUCAUCUAACCUCAGAAUUCAGCAAGUAGUUUUGCCAGGGUGCCUUUGCCAGCUGGCCUCGCAAUCUCGCAGAAACCUUACGGCGAUGCAUGCUACCGGAAUAUUAAGCAAUAUCAUGCCCAUUCUUUUCAGCAAUGACCGACCAGAGUUGGAAAGAGCACUCUAUCAGGAACUAGCUCAGCUACUGUGCGCUCAAGGAUUACCAGACCUGGGCGAUGCCGUCACCUUGUAUCGAGAAGCACAUAGCUGCACUAGAAUGCUCCGAUUUCUCGUUGAUGUUCUCAAAUGUUCCAGAGAACCCCCAUCAAUCCAGUUCGAUAUGUCACUCCACGGGUAUUCUUCCUUGGAAUUUUCGAGUUUAGGUCGUCCGUUUCCUCCAAUUACCUCCUCAGGGUACACCUUGGCGGUAUGGGCCAGAUUUGAUAAGUUUGACCCAAGCACACACACUACAAUAUUUGGUGCAUUCGACGCCAGUCAAACAUGCUUUCUACUAGCCUAUUUGGAGAAAGAUACGCGCAAUUUCAUAUUGCAAACCUCCAUCAAGGGGACUCGUCCCAGUGUUCGAUUCAAGUCGAUAACCUUCGAACCGGAUCGAUGGUACCAUAUAUGUAUUGUUCACAAAAAGCCUAGGCCACCAACACACUCGCGAGCUUCCCUGUUCAUCAACGGGGAGUUUGUUGAACAACUGAGAAUUGAUUAUCCCUGUAUGCCUGUAUCCAACACUCCCAAUCGAUUACCGCGUAUCCAGGCUUUUUUUGGGACACCUCAAGAUCUGGCGACGAGACUCGGCAAAGCAGUAUCGACAUCUCGCUGGUCUCUAGCGAAUGCUAUUCUUCUUGAGGAUGCCUAUAGCGACGACAUGGUUGCUGUGUUUUACAAUCUGGGUCCUCGAUACUUCGGUAACUUCCAGGAUUGCCUGGGCUCUUUUCAAACCUAUAAAGCAUCAGCAACCCUCAACCUACGCAAUGAACAUCUGCAUCCCGGAAAGGAAGAUGCUUCUGAUAUCAUCACCGCCAUUCGCCAGAAAGCAAGCGCUCUGGUUCGGGAAGGGUCCAUCUUGAUCAACGUUUCGCCUAUGUCUGUCCUGGAUGAUGACGAUAGCAACAAUAUCGACGAGUCCCAACUCGUGAAGAACCUUUCUAGGAAAGCUGCGAAGAACCUGCAUCAGCUGACGAAAGCCGGUGGCAAUGCAGUCGCCGCGAAUGGUGCCGUUCCCGCAAUCAACGAUGCUUUAACCCAGAGUCAUGGCGUAGGCAUUUUGACUGGGGAUCCUGUCAUUUCCAUACCACACUCCCUUGAUGAUGCCAGUUGGCGCAUUGGGGGUUGUGCGGCGGUACACUUAAGCUUAGUGCACGCCGUGAAAACCCCAGAAUGUUUACUCCUUGCUGUUGAAGCUCUUUACGAAGCAGUACAGGACAAUUGGCGGAACAGCGAAGCAAUGGAGAGAGAAAAUGGGUACGGAGUUCUCGCAUCGAUACUUCGAGAUAAAGUAGGACUGGGAAAUGCUUCUGCGCUAUCUCGAGUUUCGAGUGUUUGUUCCAAUGCCGAGGAGCGGUCUACUUUGGCUCUCCAACUUCUUCGACUUACCCUCGGCUUCGUUGGAUAUGAUUUUGAGCAUCCAAAUCAGUCUAUUAUCACAAACCCUUUGGCAUACAGAGUCUUGCUUGUGGACCUCGAUAUCUGGAGACUUGGAGAGAUGUCGUUGCUUGAUUUGUACUACUCUCAGUUCUGCAUCUUUGCUGGCCAGAGUAAUUUUCGACGAUUCAAUGCAAAGCGUCUUUCCCGCAUGCGCGUUAAUAAGAAAUUAUUGGAGGCUCUCAAAGGAGAGGAGCUCACACCUGAGGCGCUACGCCUUUUCAUCUCUGCAUUCAAAUCUCUGAUGGAGAGUUGCUUUUCGGCAGACCUGUUUCGUUCAUUGGCUCUGUUCAUCACCUAUGCCCUCCAUACUCACCGGGGGACGAGCCGACUGCAAAGAAAGAAGAGCUCGCUGUCUAUGGGUAACGCCGAUCAACCGAUGGUACCCAUUGCAGGACGAGAUUUCGUACCGAACACCAAAGUAGCAGUCGAGAUGCUUCGAAUGUAUUGCUCCAUUCUUUGUGAUUCUCAUGAUUUCGUAUUCUUGAGAAAGUUUGCAAAAGCCGUUACGAACAAGUGGCUCUUGUACCUCAUCAGCGAGGAUGAGCCUGAGAUCGUUGUUCUUGCUACCAAAAUCUUAGCUCGGUUGAUAGUCAGCCAUGGCGACGUCUAUAAUCGAAAAUUCGCUGACAAGACGGGUGGAUAUGUCAUUAUGCGACAUCGUCUGAGAAAAUGGUGGAACAUUCCUGCCAUUUGGUCUAUCUGUUUUAACGUUUUGUUUGGUCUUGAUGUUGGUAAGACUGAACUGGAGAAGCCAUUCGAUCGAUCCAGCCUGUUGGAGAGUUUGUCUUCAAAAGGCGAACCUCAAAUAAUUUUUCCUGAAAUGCUCCCUGUGCUCAUGGAAAUGAUGCAAGCUGGACUCCAACGUACAGUGUCAGCGGACCGGAUCCAACUUGCAGCCACAGAAUCUUCAGGAGAUUCUCAAGUCCAGUCCGAUAAACCGCCCACAUCUUCAUACAAGCCAGUGACGGAUGUGAAAGGACAGACUUCGCUCCUGACUGCAGUCGUUGGGCUACUUGCUGAGUUGCAUACAAUAUCGGCGAAAUUCCGCGAUUUCGCGACUCAGUCUGAUUACAUCCAAGGCCUGAUCUACUCAAUUUUCCCUGUUGUUGUUGGCUUGGAGACUUCAAGCGCAGAUCUUGAGCCGAAUUCUCGUGAUAGCGCAAGCAGUCUUCAUGACCGCAAGUUUCCCAUUCGACCACGUUCAAGCGGGAGAACAGAAUUGCGAACUACAACAGUUGAAGGGCCCAGGAGCCGUGAUGGGCAUGGUGGUUCACUUCGCCGUGGCUCAUCCUUCAUUCUGGUUUCGUCAGAUAAAGCAGCGAAGCCAUCACCUUCCUCUGCGUGUGUACGCAGAGCAUUCAUAGCAGCUGGGCCUGUGCCUAAUAUGACAGCCACGGAGCAUCCUUUAGUACAAGGCAUCUUGCAUCUAGUCCUCUCUGUUUUCUCGGACCAACUAUUGGAACGCAAAGAAUUCAGCGGGCUGGGACUCUAUUUGAAGACGCCUUCAAGUCCUCUUGAACAUCAGGCUUAUUUUAACUCUUGGAUACUUGGGACUCUUCUUUCGGCGCUGCAGAGGGUCACAACCUCAAGACCACAACUUCUCCUAGAACCGCGAGCACUCUCUAACUUGGGACGCUUUGCAACGCAUAUCGGCGAGGCGGUAUUUGAAGGCUGGUUUGUGGGCGGCACCGCUUGUACACUUGAAUUUGCGGGCACAAUUCUCGAAUACCUUCAGCAAUCCGAUAUUUCAAUCUUGAAGAGCGUCAGGCUCUGCAGCCAAGCAGUUGCAAACAUUCGCUCUACUCUGUUCCGUGUUGUUCUACUCGAACUAUCGGAAAUUGAAGAUGACAAGGCUUGCGCGUUCCUGAAUCGGCUGAGCUAUUGGCAAGUUGUGUUACUUUCCGGAGGCGAGGCUCAUUCGGAUUACCUGCAGCUGCUUUGCUAUCUACUCUAUACUAAGUUGAUAAGCAAGAAUCAGGAUAUUCGUCUGGCAGCGGCCAGUUUAUGGAGAGUUAUCCUUGUUCAAAAGCCGGCUGAGAUGUCUGCAAUUUUGAGUCAUGCAGCGAUCCCUCUGCAGAAACGGCUAAUUGGAGGGUUCGAAGCACUAGUCGGCAUGGAAGACAAUGCUUUCAUUCAAUGGGUAGAUGAUCACGAAGAGGACCUUAAUGCCUUGUUCUUUGGGCUUUUGUCCAGGUCGUGGGAGACCUUUACUCUAGAAGAGACUACAAAUAUCGACAUCUCAGCACGGGGCCGGAGUACCAAGCGUCAGGAGAAGUUGAAACAAUGGAAGCAAGCGGAGAAGCUCAGCGAUGAGGUGAUGCGCAAACACGAAGCAACAUUUCCGCACUGGAUAUCGAAUAUAUCGGCGUCUGAGUUCCUCAAGUACCAGCGAGCUCUACAGGAUCAGCAGGACAAUUCUAUAUUCAUGUGGAACGCAUUCUCUCGCUUGACUAUGAGCCUCAAGCGCCUUGGAGGUGUGUUGGCUGAGCACAGAGAAAGCAGAUGGCGUCUCGACCAGACGGAAGGGCGAAGUCGUAUGCGACUCCGGAUCGUCCCAGAUGACUCAGGAGAGCGACAAAACUACCAACCGAAAAGGAAAGCGUCCGAACCUCCAGCCAUCAAAAUCGGUACGCAGGUGCAGUCCUCUGCAAAUAGCGCUUCAAUGGGCUUGACCCCUACGGCUUUGGCUGCGGAAACCGGUGAAGAUAACCCUCAAGACACAAGCUCAGAUGAUAGAAGCAUUCUCGAGGAGAGCUUCGAGAUGAUUGACGAUCCUAAGGCUGGCCUGGAAGACUACGAAGACAAGAACAGGAAGGUAAUGCGGAGUCUUCACCGUGGUGACCAAGUGGAGAGUGUAUGCAACCUGUCUCGAAUUAUUGGCUUGGAAGCAUGCGAAGGCCUGUUGAUUUUGGGCAAAGAUCACAUAUACAUCCUGGAUAACUUUUUCCAAAGAUCAGAUGGGGAGAUAGUGAAUGUCUGGCAAGCUCCCACUGAAGAGCGAGAUCCCUACGUUCGCAUGAUCGCUGGCAGAGAAUCCUUCGAACGUAAAACACAGGAACAUGAAACUAGAAGCUGGAAAUGGUCUGACCUCAUCAGUGUCUCCAAGAGACGCUUCCUGUUCCGAGACGUUGCUCUAGAGAUUUUCUUUACGGAUGGCAGCAGCUAUCUGUUGACGUUGAUCUCGUCAAGAACCCGAGAUACCUUAUGCAGCCAGCUCGCUACCAAAGCCCCGCAAGUGACUGGAAGCGUUGGUCACUCGCGGCCAGAAGACAUAUGGAGGUUUGAAACACUGCGAAGUCAGGAAGAUGCGCCGCAGUCCCUGGGUUCCAAAUUUGCCAGCGUCUUCGGCCAUUCUCCUGUACACCCAGCCACACGGAAAUGGAUGAAGGGCGAGAUAUCCAAUUUUCAUUAUCUCAUGCUAAUCAAUACACUCGCGGGCAGAACGUUCAACGAUCUAACCCAGUACCCUAUCUUUCCCUGGGUUCUUGCGGAUUACACGAGCGAGGAGUUGGACUUGACUGACCCCAAGACCUUUCGGGAUUUGUCAAAACCCAUGGGAUGCCAAAAUCCCGAGCGCGAGGCUGAAUUCAGAGAACGGUAUAAAGCAUUUGCUGAAAUGGGAGACGAUGACUCCCCGCCCUUUCACUACGGCACUCAUUAUUCUUCGGCAAUGAUUGUCUGCUCAUACCUCAUCCGUCUGCAACCAUUCGUCAAAUCAUAUCUUCUUCUCCAAGGCGGAACUUUCGACCAUGCUGACCGUCUCUUCUAUUCCAUCGGCAAGGCCUGGGAAUCGGCCUCCCGUGGCAACAUGUCGGAUGUUAGAGAGUUGACACCCGAAUUUUUCUAUCUGCCGGAGUUUCUGGUCAAUUCCAACAAGUACGACUUCGGCCUUCUUCAGAACAUGACAACUGCGAUUGAUGCUGUGGAGCUCCCACCGUGGGCGAAGGGCGACCCGAAAAUCUUUAUAGCGAAGCAUCGCGAGGCUGUAGAAAGUCCCUACGUGACUGAGAACCUUCAUCAUUGGAUUGAUCUUGUCUUUGGCUGUAAACAGAAAGGGGAGGCGGCGAUCGAGGCAGUCAAUGUCUUUCAUCAUUUGUCGUACCAAGGAGCCAAAGAUCUCGAUGCUAUUGAUGAUCCGGUGGAGCGACUGGCUACGAUUGGCAUCAUCCACAAUUUUGGACAGACGCCACACCAGAUCUUCACUCGACCUCACCCUCAGCGAGAGGAUCCCCGGCAUCGGGUGCCGCGCUUAGAUCGUCUUGCUGAGUCGCUCACGCAGCUUCCCCUCUCACUACUUGAUAUAGACAUCGGGGAGCAGGUCUCCACCUUGUCCAUGAAGCAGGACCGCUUGCUCUGUGCUGCUCCGCUCAGGCUGAAUAUCCCUCCAAACUACGAUAAGUAUCUAGAGUGGGGAUUUUUCGAUGGGAGCGUAAGAUUUUACUCUUCGGGAAGUCGCAAGCUUCUUGGUCAUUUCGAGCAUUUGCAUGUCGGGCAGUUAUCCUGCACGAUUUUCGCGGAUUCCCGGACGUUGGUUACUUCGGGUACAGAUUGCGUUGUGUCGAUAUGGACCUUUACUUCGACCGGCAAAUCUGUGGAUCUGAUCCCUGCCGGCUCGCUUUUCGGGCAUCGUACUGCCGUAACGGUCCUCGCGGUUUCACGAUCAUUUAGUGCCCUCCUCUCUGCGUCUAUGGAUGGCCAAAUCAUACUGUGGGAUCUCAAUCAGCAGUGUUUUGUGCGAGAGCUUCCGGCUGGCGGGCCCGUCGACUGCGCUUGCAUUAAUGAUGUGACUGGAGAGAUUGUGGUUUGCCGUGGAAGUCGUCUCAGCCUCUACACUCUGAACGGGGCACUGUUGCUGGAACAAGACGUGUGUGAGUCGCUCGAUGACCAUGUCAUGUCUUGUGUGUUCUACGAGGGGGUCGACAACGAAUGGCAGGAGCGCGAGCUGAUCUUCACUGGUCACCGACGAGGGGUCGUCAAUAUUUGGUCCAAGAUCAUCCGAAACGGUCGAUUCGAGCUGGAAUUGAUUCGGCAACUGCAUCAUAUCGACAACAAUCGAGACAACGGAGCCAACAUCUCGGUCGGAAUCAGCUGCAUUCUGACUCUGCCUCACGUGGUGUAUACGGGGGAUGAGGCGGGAAGAGUAUAUGAAUGGAGUUGCGUCCAACGACGUUGA